ACCCUAAAUGAAAAAUAUCCUGAAGCGGAUUCACAUCGGAAACAACCACGAUCCCGCAUCGAUCCAAAUGAAAUCCCCUCCACUUCAACCCCUACUCCUUCCCCUUCAUGCGGAUCGGAAUCACCGCUCGGCCUCCGCGCUCGGCAGGUGACCUCAACCGACCUCCCAUCGCCGCCGGAUCUGCCCUCGACGGUGCGGGUGGCGGAGAGGAAGGACUACUUCUCGUCGGAAGAGGAGUACCAGAUUCAGCUCGCGAUGGCGAUCAGUGCCCGAACUCUGGGGCGAGGCGAUACGAGAGAUGAUCCUGAUGUUGAUCAGAUCAGGGCGGCGACGCUGCUGAGCUUGGGAACGCAUAGGAGCAGUUCGAGGGGAGAGGAGGCGGGGGCGGCAGCUGAGGCGCUUUCGAGGAGAUAUUGGGAUUACAAUGUGGUUGACUAUGAUGAAAAAAUUUUGGAUGGAUUCUAUGACAUAUAUGGACUUUCCAUUAAUUCUGCAAGUCAUGGAAAGAUGCCUUCACUUGUGGAUCUUCAAUCAAGCAUCGGGGAUCUUGGUUAUGAAGUCAUUAUAGUCAAUCGGGCAAUUGAUCUUGCUCUAGUUGAGUUGGAGCAAGUUGCACAUUGCAUAUCCUUAGACUUCAGGGAAGCUGAGGUUGGCUUUUUGGUGCAAAGAAUAUCUGAGCUUAUUGCGCAGCAUAUGGGUGGUCCUGUUAAAGAUGCACCCGACAUGUUUGCUACAUGGAUGGAGAAAAGCACAGAGUUGCGAACCUCGCAGCAGACAAGUUUACUUCCUAUUGGAUGCAUUAAUAUAGGUCUCUCCCGUCAUCGAUCUCUUCUUUUUAAGAUUCUUGCAGAUGAUGUUGGGAUCCCUUGUAAGCUGGUUAAAGGAAGCCACUACACUGGUAUAGAAGAUGACGCUGUAAACAUUAUAAAGUUUGGUGAUGGGAGGGAAUUCUUGGUUGAUCUCAUGGCUGCUCCUGGCACCCUUCUUCCAGCAGAUGUUUUGAAUGCGAAGGAUGCUACAACAAAAUCGUAUAAUGAAACAAUGAAUCAGAGCCUACUCCCUUGGAUAGCAAAUAGUUCAGCUGAUGAUCUUUUAAAAACCGAACCGUUGCUAUUGAUGAACAAUGGAUCUGGGAACUCUACCGGUGGUGAUAAAAGGGCUUUAGACCAGAUGCCAAGAUAUGAAAACACACUACUGGUACCAAAAGUUCCAAACAGCCACUCUCAAGCAUCAUCCACAGGUAUUGGUAGCAGCUCUAGUGCCAAUAUAAGGAAUUUGUAUCCCCCUGACAAGUCCAAUCAGUUCUCACCGACUAACAUUGCAACUACUUCAAAGCAAAAGGAGGCGUUUGAGGUCAGGUUGGGUGGUGAUACCUCUCAAGACACUGCAGACUCCAGAAACCUCUUCUCUGAGCUCAAUCCAUUUCAGGCAGUUGGUGUUCCUAAACCCUCUGUGCAAUUAAAAGCAGCUGAUGGUAAAAAUAUAGAAUAUGAUAGACGUAGAGAGAAGUUUGCUGGGAGACAACCUCCGUUGGUCUGGAAAAAUCGUACUCCAUGCAAUUUGAUUCCGAAUGCGAACUCUAAUAAUUGUCUUGAGGGGCUCCCUCCAAGACAAAAUAUUGUAGCUGAAGGUAGUAAUGCAUCGACAUCUCAUUCAUCCGGCUUAGUUGGAAGGGAGUGUUCCAAUGCCCAAAAUGUCCGAUUUUCUGCUAUGUCGCCAUACUCUGCUGAAGUAGGUUCUUCUGACAAGGAACGAAAUGAUUUAUCAAGUGGAACUACUAGUGGUCCUUCUGAAGCCAGUAACUUUGGUGUUGCUUCAGGAGCAAACCAUGACGGCGGGCAGGAUAGCAAAUAUAACUAUAAUAAUGUUCCUCCAAACAGACAGAUUAUCCCAAUUCAAUCAUCAGGAGACAGUUAUGUGGAUAAAAAUUAUAGAAAUGGAUGGGAUUCACAAAAUAGAAUGAUGGAUGAAAUAAAAGAACAUGGAAAAAAUGUCAAUCAUAAACAUGAUCGAAAAAAAUAUACAGCUGACAGAUUUAUGGGGACAAGUAUGCUGCCACAAAAUCCUUCAUGGGAACCAAGGCCAAGCAGACUUGAUCCAAUGCUUGAUGAUGUGGCUGAAUGGGAAAUUCCAUGGGAGCACCUUGUCAUUGGUGAAAGAAUUGGACUUGGUUCAUAUGGAGAGGUGUACCAGGCUGAUUGGAAUGGCACGGAAGUAGCAGUGAAGAAAUUCUUAGAUCAAGAUUUUUAUGGGGACGCUUUGGAUGAGUUUCGAAGUGAAGUGCGGAUAAUGCGCAGACUGCGACAUCCAAAUGUUGUUCUUUUUCUAGGUGCUGUUACUCGUCCUCCCAACCUCUCAAUUGUUUCUGAGUUUCUUCCAAGGGGAAGCUUGUACAGGAUUCUUCAUCGACCUCAUUCUCAGAUUGAUGAAAAGCGUAGGAUUAAGAUGGCCCUCGAUGUGGCCAAGGGAAUGAACUGUUUGCACACCAGUACUCCAACAAUUGUUCAUCGUGACCUUAAAUCGCCUAAUUUGUUGGUUGACAAGAACUGGACUGUUAAGGUUUGUGAUUUCGGUCUUUCACGCUUAAAGCACAGUACAUUUCUGUCAUCCAAGUCCACUGCUGGAACUCCGGAGUGGAUGGCACCUGAAGUCUUGCGCAAUGAGCAAUCAAAUGAAAAGUGUGAUGUAUAUAGCUUUGGUGUCAUCUUAUGGGAGCUUGCAACUCUGAGGAAGCCUUGGCAUGGGAUGAAUCCAAUGCAGGUGGUUGGGGCAGUUGGGUUCCAAGAUCGACGUCUGGACAUCCCAAAAGAAGUUGAUCCCUUGGUUGCGAGGAUAAUUCUGGAGUGCUGGCAAACUGAACCAAGCUUGCGCCCUUCCUUUGCACAACUCAUGACCGCGCUCAAAUCACUGCAGCGCCUCAUGAUCCCUCCCCAUCAGGAGUCGCAGAGCACACCGCUCCCUCAAGAAAUACAUGUGAACUCCACGCCUUGAGGUUUCCAAUAUGUGAAUAAGCGAUUGAGUAUAUUUUUUGAAGAUUCAGGUUCUGAAAGGAGGAAAUGAACAGAAAAUGUGCAUGCUAUAAGUGGUCUGUAUCUCUAACUCCCGGGUAUUGCUGCUGCAUCCAAAAAACUUGUGGCAGUGAUUGUAUAUAAAAUGUCAGUGCUGUUGAUAAUCUUAAAGAGUUUGUGUUGAGUGUGAAUGCUGCAUCGAAACCGAUGAGCAUGUUACAUAUCAUGGAGGAAGGGGAAGUGAGGAUUUGAAUUGGUGAGGUCGAAUAUCAAUCAAAUCAAUAUGAUGUAUACUAUGUAUGUUGAUAGUGUAUUAUUGCUGUAAACUAAUAUCAUGUCUUCUGAUUGGAAUAAGAAGAAAAGAAUUGCCUUGAUUAUACAAAAACCAAAAGGUACUGUUUACUA